AUGCGGCCUGAAGAUGUGAAAAUGCGAAACGGUUUCACCGGACAGCUUUGCUGCGACGGACCCCACUAUCCAGAAUACAUGAGGGAGGCUUGUCCCGACCUCUGGGUCUCCCACCAUGGUAUUUUGCCUGGUAGCUUCCCCGGUGACCGUACGGUGAGCUUCCGUCAUCCUUCUAGAAGGAUAACCCCUAUCGCUCCCUAUCCCGGGUUGGGCAGCGUGCGUCGUAUGGCUGCUGGUGCCAGUCCAAGGCCAUAA